GCUGGGAGCGAAGGUAGUGCCGACCGAGUAUUCCCAGUAUCUCGCAUGUGGUCGUGACGCCACCCGGAAACUCUCUACCUAAUUCUUAUUUGCAUUAAGUACUUUUUUUAAGUGGCGAAACGGCUGAUGUCCUAGCGUUUUAUUUUAGGUGACGGUUCGAGGGAAUGUGAGAAGAGAUAAGGGUAGAUAAAGACGUGGCACAUUGACAAUUGCCAGCAUUAAUUUUUCGUUUUUUAAUUUAAUUUUAGUCGGUAAAGGAUACCAACAUGAUUUAGGCCUUGUAUUGGAAAGACCUUAGUUGGCAAUAAAGUAGCUUCUACUUUUUCUUACUUCCUGUGGUUGAUUUGCGGUGGUAUUUACUUAAUAGAAACUGUAACGAUUCCAAAUUUUGAUUAAUUCGUUAUUAUUUUCUCCCCUGAACUGACUUUACCAUUGAUUACAAAGGCAUAAAACUAACAAGUGUUAAAGACGAACUUGAUUCUAUGCUUAAUGAAUUCCUGAAAGUGAUGAAUGGAUUAAAGUCCUAAAGUAAUUCUUUGUAAAUGUGAUAAUUCAGUGAUUAAAAUACACUUAAACGAGGAAAACUGAAAAAGCUUCAAGGAAUAAACAAUUGAAGAGAAUAUAAAUAAAAGAAAACGACUGAAAAACCGUAAGAGAAUUUUAAUCGUAAUUAUUUACCUCUGAAUAAACCGUUUAUGGAGAGGUAAAAUAUAACUAUAAAGAGAAAACGAAACAAAUUAUUACAGUAAACUAAAAAGAAACAAACAAAACAAUAAUAAAUAGUAAAUUAGUGUUGUGCGCUCUCAAAAAUGAAGAUACAUAUAAUCGUCCAGUUUGCUGUGUACAUUAAUUUGGUGCUGGUCAGCGGAUCCCGUCUGCCUCUCAACAGAGAACUCCUGCAGAUGGGUGUCGUCUCCACGUCCUCCGCGCCCAUACCCAUCUCCCAGUACGACAGCUCUCCUUCGCCGCCUCCACCCCUGAAACAUUCGACGCCGCCGCCCACGCCUCCUCCUCCCUUAAGGGCGUCGAUAAGUUCCUUCGUCACCACAGAAGUCUCUCCCGUCGUUGGCACCGCCUUGGCAGAGGCGAUGCUGAACGCGAGGGCGGCUCAAAAAGGGGCAAAGCCGGAGUGCCCGACGGAGGAUGAGAAGUCUCUUCUGGAAACGCUCCUGGAGGAGGAGAUGGUUGAGGGAAGUCCUGAAAUGGAUGGCUUUGGAAUUUCUGUACGCGGAUCGGAGAUAACUGGCUUCUGUGAAAUAUGA